AAAGUGUUAUAAAUAGAAAAGAACAAAAAAGAGACAUGCAUCCAAGUUUGAAAUCUGAACGCUGCGUAAUGCGUUAGACAUGGGUGGAUCAAACACAAUAAAAUAAUAUUUACAUAUUUGUUUAACUAUAUAAUUUAACAAACAAAUGUAUUUGAUUAUUCGAUUCAGCUUCUUCCAUAUCCCUUCUCUCCGUCCCUUGUUCUUCGUAACGAGAAUAUAGAUUUCGCUAUUGGUGUAUUGAUUGAUUCGAUCACAUUGCAUCAAAGCUACACAUCGAAUCGCAAUGGCGAAAAAGCUCGGUUUCAUCAUCGUUAUGCUAUCAAUGUACCUCCUCCUAAUUGUCAACUUUGCGCAUGCUCAGGAGGAAUCUCCAUCCCCUGCUGUCUCGCUGGGACGUGAAUCUUUAACGGAUUCUCCUUUGCCAUCACCGGAAGGAGAUUCGUCUCUCCCACCGUCUUUUUCACCAGAAGCAGAUUCCCCAAAGCCACCAGCUUCAUCACCGGCACCUGAAACCCAAGCAGAUUCUCCAUCACCUUCAUUGCCACCUCCUCAGGCGGAAUCUCCCUCUGAUUCCUCACAAUCUCCAUCAUCACCUGGACCAGCACCAGUUCCUGCUCCAGCUGACGAUGAUGACGACGAUGAUGAUGAUUCUGACCCGGAAACAGAGUAUUUUCCAUCUCCGGCACCAUCUCCCGCACCAGAUGUGGGAAUGCCAGAUGAUAUCAAAGCAAGCGAAGAAGACGGCGAUGAAUACGAGGACAACAAUGGUGAAGAUAGCGGAAUGAGUGCAUUGACGAAAGCCGGAAUUGCCAUUGGAGCAAUACUGGGAGUAGGAGCAAUGGUUAUCGGAGCUCUUGUUUACAAGAAACGAAAAGAUAACAUGACCAGAGCUCGUUACACUCGCUUUACUGAAGGAGAGUUCCUUUAAAAGAGCCAUUCUUUUUUGUA